AGCUGCCUGAGCAAUGGGCAGAGAAUCAUUUACUUGAUGGUCUUUUAGCUCGCAGUGUCUGGUUGGAGUUGACAGGAUGAACAGCAUUUUACAUCAUCUUGUAUAGUCUUCAUCCAUUUCUUUGCCCAACAUUCACAUCUGAAGCAUAACCCUACCAUCACAAUUACUCUCGAAGGUUUAUAAUCUAUCCGGACCUUACUAACAAGAGUAGAGCUGAAAAUGACUGAAGAAAACCCUACUUUAGCUGCUAACUCAGUUGACACUGCUGGGUCUAAGGUUGGUAUAAAAGAACAAGGGGUGGUUGAUGUUAUAGAGGGGAUGGUAGACACUAUUCCCUCAACAGAAGAAACAAUUCUACUUAAACAGGAAAGUAAGUUACCUGCUAAAUCCACCGAGGACAGUUCAUCUGCGAAAGAGCCCAUUUCAUCCACUGAAAUCACCAGUCCUGUGCUUGAAGAGCAAAUGGUGAUAGCCAGUGUGGAAUCCAGUUCAGCUGCAGAAGUGACUGUUCCAUUGAGUGUGGAGAUGAAUUCACCCGCAGAAGAGAUUACUCCACCCCUUGAGGACACCAGUUCACCUGCAGAGAAAACAGUGCUAACCUCUGUGCAAACCAAUUCACCUGUUGAAGAGAUUGUUCCGCUCAAUGUGCAGACGAGUUCACCUGAAGAACAAAUCGUUCCAUCUGCUGACGAACCCAACUUGGCUACAGAGACUGCAUCAGCUGCAGAAGAGGCUGAAUUGCCCGUUGAGGAGAACAUUACAACUACUGAAGAGAUUGAUCAACCCAGGGAAGAACGUGUGUCAUCCCCAGGAGCAACCAUUCUCACCACAGAGGGGAUUAUUUCUCCUGUGGAGAUUAUUCAGUCUGAAAAUGCAGAGAGCGAAGCAAUCACAACGCAUCCUGAAAAAGAAGAAAUUGAGGACAAGGAUACAGUGCAAGACAACAGGGCCAGGGAAAUCUCUGCUGGUGUGAAGACCAACGAAGCAGUCCCUGCAGGGAAACCUUCAGAAGAGGUUGUGCCAUUAACAGAAGAAGAUUGCAAGGUGAAUGGAGAUGGCAGUGUAACAGAAGUUGAUGAUGAUAUGGAGGCAGACGAAGAGGUCUAUUCAGAGGAAUUCCAACAUGAAAAUGGAUCAUCGGUAUCUCCUUCAGUUAGUCCUGUUCUCAGUUAUCAACUGGAGUCACCAACCAGCAGCGACUGUACUGGGAGGAAGCUUGACAUCACCAAGCACAAUUACUCCAGGUAUAACACAGUCUCCUACCGCAAAAUCAGGAAAGGAAACACUAAGCAGCGAAUCGAUGAAUUUGAGUCCAUGUUGCAUAUUAAUUGA